UUUUUUUUAAAGCAUAUCCGCAACCUCAACAUUAUUUAAUGCAUCACCCCUCGCAACCAAUGUAUUAUCCUCCUUACAUGCACCAUAUGCAAAGUUUCAUGCCUACCCAGCAAGGUUUAAUGCCCCACCAGCAAUUACCUCCCCAUCAACAAGGUGAGAAUUAUUUAAAGAAGUUUUCUGUUUGA